AGGAAAAGAAGAAAAUCGGCGUGGAGGGGUUGGGGCCAAGUGGCCGAGGAAAUGAAUGGCCUGAGUUGCUUCACAGCUCGGCCCCUCUCCUCCUCCCACCAUCACCACCACCUCCUCCACCUCCACCUCUACCUCCACCACCCAAAGUCCUCACAGCUCACACCCACACACGGUAGACUUCUUCAUCCCCCCAAAGUCCUCCACUCUCUCUCUCUCUCUCUCUGUAGCUGCGCGCGGCCUCGAAGUGAACUGAUGAUCCUCGAGCUGGAGUUGCCUCCGCCGCCAUGAACUCCAACUCCUCAUCGUCGAACCCGCCGUCCAUGGCCACGUCGACCGCGUCGGCCCCGGCGACCACCGCUGCCGACAGCUCCGGGAAGAAGGUGAGGAAGCCGUACACCAUCACCAAGUCCAGGGAGAGCUGGACCGAAGAAGAGCACGACAAGUUCCUCGAAGCUCUUCAACUAUUUGAUCGUGAUUGGAAGAAAAUUGAAGAUUUUGUGGGCUCGAAGACCGUAAUACAGAUCAGAAGUCAUGCCCAGAAGUAUUUCUUGAAGGUCCAGAAGAACGGGACAGUUGCACAUGUGCCUCCUCCCCGCCCAAAGCGCAAAGCGGCUCAUCCUUACCCUCAAAAGGCAUCUAAAAAUGUCUUAGUGCCUUUACAAGCAUCGGCUGUUCAUCCUUCUUCAAUUAGAGCUUUCACAAUUACGCCAGGGAAUGCUCAGUGGGAUGACUCUUCCAUUCUGAUAAGCUCUUCAUCAGGCAAUACUAUACCAGGCCUGGACGAGUUCACCAAUUUGCAAGUGGCUGAAGGCGUGAAACCCUUAUCUGAUGUUGGAUCAAAGGGGGCAGCAAGGAUUAAUAACAGCAGUGUCAGUGGCGUUGGAAGCACAAGUAGAACGCUUCCUAGCUCUGACUUGUCAAAGCCGAAAAGGCAGGGUCAAGUGCUCCAUGGCUUACCUGAUUUUGCUGAAGUUUACAGCUUCAUUGGGAGUGUCUUUGAUCCAGAGAGCAAUGGUCAUGUGCAGAAGCUAAAGGAAAUGGAUCCCAUUAAUUUCGAGACAGUAUUGUUGUUGAUGAAAAACUUGACAUUCAAUUUGUCAAACCCUGAUUUUGAGCCAAUUAGAAAAGCUCUCUCCUCCCAUGAUAUCAACACCAAAACUGGGGCGGUCUCUCUGGGAGUCCUCACUGGGAAUCAAAGCGACGCUUGCAGUUAAAUAGCUUAGAUCAUCGAGUUAUUGCAAAACUACCACAAAGAUCCCAUGAUUCUUAUACGGCGUCCCUCGAAGUUCGUAUGCUUCCAUAUAUUUAGGAAUCAUGGGAUGGAACCGGGAUUGGAAGAGAACAUCUGUGGACUGCCGAGGUGCAUAUGAUGAGAGGAGCAUAAUUGCCCAGGUCAUCUUAUGGCCCUCAUGCUUAUGUAUCUAGAGAUAUAGAAGAUGACCCCUUUUGACCUGAGAAGUUUGUGUAUAUCUUCUUCGAUAUAAGAUAUAAUUCUUUCUUUCUUUCUGGGUCACUACUUCGCCUCCCCCCCUUGUAUAAGUGUGCGAUGUCUAUUUUGGCCGAACGGCAAUGUAACACCAAGUCCAACCGGUCUUUUAGUCUCUCUUUCAUCCUUUUUUGCCAUUUCCCGGGAGCUCUGUAGGGUGGAUUUGGCUAUUUUGUUCUUGUUUCUCCGUUUCAGGCUUGACCUUGGCCGGAGAAAUAUAUACCGUGCUAUGUUCAUGUAAUGCAGGCUGCAGCUUCUCGUAGGUAACAUUCAGAGUCAAGUGAAUGCCAACUUUAUGAAGCUUCCUUGCUUUUGUGUUGUUUAAA